CCGCACUGCUGCUCGAGUCACAGCAGGCAGUGCAGGAACGAGACCUGCAACGUCUCAAAGAGCUGGCCGCAUCCGCGUCGUCUUCCGGUGCCACGGUAACCGCCGCCGCCACCGCUGAGAAGCGAGCGGCGGCGGCGGUGACGGCGACGCUGGAGGCGUUGACCCACGUGUACGGCGAGUUGGACGAGAUGAACGUGGUGGCGGCGGCGCGGCGGCGGCUGCUGCUAUGCCCGGGCAGCUUUACGGCGCUGGCGGCGGAGGCGGCGGGGCGGCCGAGGCUGGCUGUACGGCGGCUGGGGCAGCUGGCGGAGGCGCUGGAGCGGCUCAAGGCUCGAGGCCCCGCAGCUGCUUCAGAGCGGGUGCCCGAGGGUCCCCAUGAUGAGGAUGUGC